AUGUCACAGUUGGUAGGCAGGACUCGUCUAGCCUACGCGCGGACAUGGCAUCAUGUCUCCCUCUCGGCGCCUGGAACUCCUCCAGUCGGACGCCUCGCUUCACGGAUCGCCAUACUUCUCAUGGGAAAGCAUAAGCCCAUAUGGAACCCAUCAACCGACUGUGGAGACUACGUCGUAGCGACAGGAUGUACUGAUGUCUUCGCUACGGGGAAAAAGAUGCAGAACAAACUAUAUUAUAAGCAAACCACGAGACCAGGGGCCUUGAAAUCUCUGAACAUGGAGAGCAUGAUAAGGAAAUGGGGCGGAGGCGAGAUAUUGAAGAGAGCGGUCUCUGGCAUGCUGCCGAAGAACAGAUUGAGGAAGCCUCGACUGGAAAGACUGAAGAUUUUCGAAGGAGAAGCGCAUCCGUAUGGACCUAACUUAGCCAAAUUUGAUGGACAGAGACCACAGCCGCGACCAGCAGUAGAAGAAAAGAAAGACAAUUAA